AGGGGCCCGAUCCCCCCCCUCUCCCUGCAGCCCGGCUGACACUUGGCUUUCUGGGCUGCCAGCGCCCGGUGCCGACUUGCGUCCUGUUUGUCACCCCCCAGUAUCCCCCAGUUCUCCAUGGGGCUGCUCUCUGUCCAUCCGUCCGUCCGUCUGUCCUUCCCCCAGCCCGUGCUGAUCCUGGGGCUGGCCCAGACCCAGGUGCUAGACCUCGCCCUUGGCCUUGUUCACCUUCAUGACCUUCACACAGCCCCUCCAGCCUGCCCAGCUCCCUCUUUCAGGAGCAGAUCCUCUCCUGGCUGAUUUUUCCCCAGUUUGCUCAGCUGCAUGUGGGCUGAGACCUUUCCUGAGGCCUCAGCUCUUGGGGUGCUUUUCCUUCCCCUCCUCGCUCCGGGUUCUGGUUUGUGCCAGGCUGGAAACCUCCCCCCUGCCGCAUCGCCGCUGCUGGGGGUAGCGUUGGCUCCGUUAAACCCGCGGGGACUGUGCGGAGGAGCCAGGAGCCGCCUUUCCCUCCAGCCUCCCGCCGCUCGAGGACGGCCGUCGGUGCUUUUCCUGGCAAGUCUGAGGUUUCUGGGCUUUAUCUGGGCCCCGGCUCACGCUCCCCUUUCCUGUGCCGCCACCCACGCUGGCGCGGCGUGGGGUUGGUUGUGCGUGAGGGACGAGCGACGGGAAGGGAAACGCAAUCCCUGGCGAGGCUCCACGGAGUCCAGCCCUGAGCCCGCCUCUCCGUCUCCCCUCUCAAGGUCAAAGUGCUGCAGGGAGCGGCUGUCGGGCCCUUGGGACACACGUGCUGGCCUCACCGGGGCCGCGUUCCCAGUCCGGCCCGCGCACGGGUGGCAAAUGUUGUUGGAGCAGCUGCUCUGCGGCAGUAACGCGGGCCGGCUGCUGGUGUAAAACCCUCCUGGCUGUGUUAAUCCCGCCCUGGGCCGGUGUAACGGGAGCCUGCGCUGCCUGCGGGUGCUGCUCGGAGGGCUGGGAGCUGGCAGGGAGGAGGCGGACGGCAUUGCGGUCCGACGUUGAGGUGGAGGAGAGAGGUUAAACAGACAAAACCGCCCGUCUGAGCCCUGGGCUGGCUGAUUGGCGGCUCCCAGACCCGGCGAAGGCAGAGGAUGAGCUGGAAGUGACCUUCACCCCCCGCUUUGCCUCCCCUGACGUCCCCCCGUGGCCGGGGGCAGCACCCCAGGGUGCCCUUUGGCACAAUGGCAGGAACCCGGGGAAUUGAAACGCUGUUUUUCUGAGCCUUUUCCUACAAUGGCUGGGAGCUGCAGGGCUGCGGGGCCGUGUGUCAGGGACGGCCGGUUCCGACUCGGGAGGUGGCCCUGGCAAUGCCAUGUCCCCGGUUCCUCCCUCAUUUGACUCCUUCCCCCCGGGAUGUGGGUGCUGAGGACCCCCGGGAGCUGCUCCCAGAACGUGGCCGCGUACGACCUCAAGGACAUCUCGUACAAAGUGAAGAGCCCCACGUGCCACGAGCUGACGGUCCUCAGCUCCUCGGACGAGCCCCUGGUGUUUGACUUCGAGGAGGAGCGGGAGGCCCAGAAGUGGUGGACGAUCGUCAGCAGCUCCCUGCGGGAGGUGCAGAAAGCCGCCGAGAGCAGCCUGGCAGCCCAGGCCUCGGCCCUGCCCGCCGCUGCCGGGGCCAGCUCUGCCGAUCAGGAUCCGGAGGCAGCUCUGUCCUUGGAGCUUUCUGAGAAAGGGAAGGGGCGGGAUGGUCAGAGGCGGGAAACGCUUUUACUGGGAGAGCUGGAAGGGUUCAGGCUCUGCGCUGGGGGAGAGGCGGCAGUGGGGUUAGGGGCCGGAGCGGACAUGGGGAAUGUUUAUUCCCAUGGACCAGGAGACUCAGGGGAAUUGGGAAGCACCAGGUGUAGAGCAAGGAAAAGGCAAAAAGUGGAAAUUGCUGUUGAGGCUGCAGGGAAAAGGCUGGAGCAAAGAAUGAACAAAAUGGGGGGGAACAAGUUCCCUGUGCGGGUGAAAUGUGGGGUUCGGGGUGUGGGCUGGGAGCUGCAGGCAGGGCACAGGCUGGGGGGGUCUGUCCCAGUUUCCCGGGACAUGAUGGUGGUUGGAAACUCGGUGUCAGACCUCCUGGGACUCCCCUGUGGGGCAUCAGCCUUGGCUCUGCGGGUCGAGAGCAUCGUACCCGGCGAGCGGCCGGUGCCGGUGGCACGGCCCGUCCCCCCGAUCCCGGCGUCCCCCUCUAACGGCCUCGCUCUCUCCUCCAGCAUGAAGGUCGGCGUGGAGGAUGCGACGUCUUCCGCAAGCAUCACCCUCAGGGUCCGCGCUCACACUACAAUAGCAGCGCUCAAGCAGCAGGUCUUCCAGGAUUACGGGUUCCACCCCUUGGUCCAGCGCUGGAUCAUCGGGCAGUGCCUCUGCGUGGACGAACGGACCGUUUCCUCCUACGGCAUCCGCAGGGACGGUGACAUGGCGUUUCUCUACCUGCUCUCGGCCAAGAUGGCCGAGCUGACCGAGCAGCGCUACGAGGAGGACCAGGCGCAGGUCAUGCUCAGCUCCACCUCCUUGCUGAGCAACGACGACGCCGAAAGGCACAAAUACAACACCCUGCCCAACAUGUCGCCUAAAAAAGGCUGGGGUAACGAGCCCAGCAGGAAGAUGGACAUCGGCGAGAUCAGCCAGCACCUGGACGCGCUACAGAUGGGCGACCUCAGCGGCCAGUCGCAGCCCAUGGCCACCAGUCUGCCCUCACCAGUGCAGGCGGGCUGGUCGUGUCCAAAAUGCACCUUCAUCAACAAGCCCACGCGGCCGGGCUGCGAGAUGUGCAGCGCGGACCGUCCCGAC